AUGGAUUCCAAUCCAUACCGGCAUGGUAGUAACUUUGUUGAUCUCCUUACGAGUCAACAAAGCGUCUUUAGUUUAGUUGAAGAAACUGUCCCUGAAGACACUCCUGCUGAGCGUAAGGAACGCCGGAUGUGGACGCCUGUAGAAGAUAUGGUGCUCAUCAGCUCCUGGCUCAACACAAGCAAGGAUCCAGUAGUGGGAAAUGAGCAACGGUCUGGGGCAUUCUGGAAUAGGAUCGCCGCUUACUUUGCGGCAAGUCCCAAGAUUGCAGCCACUGAACACCGAGAAUCAACUCAUUGCAAGCAGCGUUGGCACAAGAUAAAUGAUCAAGUCAACAAGUUCUGUAGGGCUUUCGAAGCAGCAACCAGACAGAAGACAAGUGGGCAAAACGAGAAUGAUGUUCUCAACAGAGCUCAUGAAAUCUUCUUCACCAACCACCGAAAAAAAUUUAUUCUUGAGCACGCUUGGAAGGAGCUUCGGAAUGAUCAAAAAUGGUGUGCCACUGUUACAUCUAAAAACGAAGGAAGCGGUAAAAGGAGGAAGUUAGACGAGGGUUCACAGUCUGAGACUUCACACGCUGUUGAGGAGGAGCGUCCCCCGGGUGUUAAGGCAGCAAAAGGGAAGAACAAGAAUGUCAAGGGGGAGGAAAGGCUGUCACAGUUUCAGACUAUGUGGGAAAUAAAACAAAAAGACUUGGUCUACAAGGACAGGCUAUCAAAAAAUCGGAUACUUGACCGUUUACUUGCAAAGCAAGAGUCCUUAGAUGAGGUCGAAAAUGCUGUUGUGAAAAAGCUCCUAGCUGAGUUGUUGAACUAG